UUCUAUCAGGGCUAUGGGCCAUCCUCAUUUCCAGAUUCCUGCUUUAUUUCCUCUCUUUCAGGUCAUCCCAGAAAUCCGACCUAUGUUGCUCCAUGUCCUGGGGGACCCAUGUUGCACCAUGUUCUGGGGGACCCUCUUGGGGGAAGAGCCCAAAGAGGCAAACUUGGUGCCAGGACACCUUCCAGGACUUCAUGUCCCCACUGACAUUCUGGGGAAAGAGCUCAAUGAGGAAACCUCAAUGCUAGGAUCCCUUCCAGAACCUCGCGUCCCCACAGAUAUUCUGGAGGAAGAGCUCAAUGAGGAAAUGUCGGUGCCAGGAUCCCUUCCAGAACCUCACGUCCCCACUGAUAUUCUGGAGCAAGAGCUCAAUGAGGAAAUGUCGGUGCCAAGAUCCCUUCCAGAACUUUGCAUCACCAAUGACAUUCUGGGGGAAGAGCCCAAUGAAGCAACCUUGGUGCCAGGACUCCUUCCAGGACUUCGUGUACCCACUAACAUUCUGGGGAAAGAGCUCAAUGAAGCAAUCUCAUUGCCAGGAUCCCUUUCAGGACCUAGCAUUUCCACUGAUACUCUGGAGGAAAUGCUCAAUGAGGAAACCUCAAUGCCAGGAUCUUUUCCAGGACCUCGCAUCCACACUGAUAUUCUGGAGGGAGAACUCAAUGAGGCAACUUCAAUGCCAGGAUCCCUUCCAGCUUCUCAUGAUGUUCCUGAAGGCCCUGCUGAAUGUCUCCGCCCCCCUGGGUCCGGUUCAUUAUCAUCUUCUGCCUCGCUGGAAGUUGGCUCCAUCCCACCCUCCGCCUCCACCUCUUCUUUCCUCCUGCAUCCCUCUCCCCCUCCUCCUCCUUCCCUACAUCCUCUAGAGCUGGAACUCAGCGAUGUAAAAGAAACUCUGCAGAGUUUGAUGAAUUUGCAGUUCCAUCAGCUGAAUGACCGCCAAAGACACCUCCUUAUCUGCCAGGGAUGUUUGCAAAACCUCAAGGCACUGAGGGGAGAUCUCCGAAGACUGCAGAGCAGACAAGAAAGUGUGGAAGCCACUAUUGGGAUCCUGGUUCCUCCAAGGGAGCUGGAUGCUGAUGAGGAAAAAGAGAAAGACAAAAACCAGACAGUGCUUCAUACAUAGGUAGCAAUAAAAUGUUGCAUAUUUAUUUUAAAAAUAUUAAACAUUUGUUUUAAUAGGAUAGGAUGUAGAGAUAAAACAGCAAUAGA